AUGCCUAACGAGAGACGCUCUCGAGAACCCUCGCCUGACUUGCCCCCCUCUGGUGGAUUAUCCGACGACGGCGACGACGGUGCUCCCAGCUCUCCCCACGACGGAGCACCAGCCCCCAAACCGCGUCAUCGACCACGAGGGUCCCUCCCGUAUAACAACUGCCCAGGACACUCGCUCACCGAGUCCAUCCGGAAUCCCUUCUAUAUAGCUCUGCUAAGUGGUGAGAUAUCUGGUAUGCCGCUCCAGGGUAAGCCAGUGGAAGAGGACACGGAGGAGAGGGAGGGGGAGGAGAGGGAGGGGGAGGAGAGGGAGGGGGAGGAGAGGGAGGGGGAGGAGAGGGAGGGGGAGGAGAGGGAGGGGGAGGAGAGGCAGGGGGAGGAGAGGGAUAUGAGAGGGAAGGCGAGUGAGACGAAAGGGAGUGGGGGGAGAUGA